AAAGGCUUGCACCAGCAGACCAGGCUGCUCUUCAGCACUGUCCUGGAGGUGUGGGAACCCCUGGAGCCUGCAGCAGGCCUGGACAGCCUCACUGUCAGUAGGAACAUACCUGCUAUCUGGGUACUGCUCUCCAGAGACCCCCUGGAUGCCAGUCUGCCUGGAUACCAGGCUCCAGGGAACUUUGAUGCCCUGUGGGCACAGGCUGCCAAGGAGGAUGCAGGGGUGGCUGGUGGACAGAGACAUGGGGGCAGGAGGAAGAGGGGAGGUGGUGGUGGCAGGGGUAAGGGACCAGGAGGCCCUGUCAGACAGACUGAUCGAUCCAGAGAGCCAGGAAAAGGCCAGAGUCGUGGUUCGCCACUCUCUGCCAGUCUUGUGGAUCAUGCCGCUGACAGACAACCCAGGGCGGGGAAACCUUACGGCGUCCGUGUUGCCGGCUGUCCAGCUCGCUCUAGACGACCUGAGCAGGCAGCAGACUCCUCUAAGAAACUAUGAGAUCAAUUUUCACGUCAUAGAUUCAGAGUGUAAUAUUGCCAAAGGACUUAAAGCCUACUUUGAUGCCAUAUGCUUUGGGCCAAAAUACUUAAUGAUCUUUGGAGGUGUGUGUCCAUCAGUCACAUCCGUCAUUGCUGAAUCACUACAGGGGUGGAACCUUGUACAGCUGUCUUUUGCUGCAACAACGCCUGUUUUAGAUGAUGAGAAAAAAUAUCCCAACUUCUUCCGAAUGGUCACCUCGGACAACACAGUCAAUCAGGCUGUUGUGAAGAUCCUACAGAACUACAAGUGGAGACGUGUAGGGACGCUGACCCAGGAUGUACAGAGGAUCUCAGAGAUAAGGAGAGAUCUGACUAAACAACUGAGCAAGGCUGAUGUUAUGGUUGCUGUAACUGAAAGCCUGUCCACUGACCCAUGUAUCAAUGUAAAGAAAUUGAAGGAUAUGGAUGUAACGAUCAUUAUUGGGUUGUUUGACGAGAAUUCAGCCUCCAAAGUAUUUUGCUGUGCUUACAGCCUGAACAUGUUUGGCGGGAGAUAUCAGUGGAUCCUCCCUGGCGGUUACCAGGGGAGCUGGUGGGAGGAGGCCGACUCCUCCAACUGUGCUUCAAACAACCUGCUGACCGCAAUGGAAGGCUACAUCACUGUGGACUUCACACACCUCAGUAACAGACAGAUAAAAGGCAUCUCAGGAAGGACCCCAGAAGAGUAUGACGAGACUUACAACAGAGAGCUGCUGCAGAGAGGGUUGGUUGCCAGCAAGUUCCAUGGGUUUGCCUAUGAUGGAGUUUGGGUGAUGGUGAAAGCAUUGACCAGGGUCAUUGAGUCUGUUCGUCACAGAGAGAGAUAUGACAUCCACCGGAACUUCACAGUCAGCAGCAAGGAGAUUGGACAAAUGGUCCUUGAUUCCAUGAAGGAGAUUUGCUUUGAGGGUGUAACUGGUCAAGUUAUGUUUAGAAAUGGGGAACGCAUGGGAACUAUUAAAUUAAGCCAAUUUCAAGAGGGCCGGGAGGUUAAGAUAGGCCAGUAUAAUGCUGAAGCAGAAGAAUUAGAACUCAACCACUUAAUCAAGUUUCAAGGCAUGCAGCCGCCUAAAGACCGGGCACACUCCCAGCGGUGGGAUGUCAGUGUUCCCCUCUACAUCAUCUUGUUAUCCACCACUGGCCUGGCCAUGCUCAUGGCACUCUUCUUCCUCUUCUUCCACAUCAAGCAUCACAACCAUUGGGUCAUGAAGAAGUCCAGUCCGUCCAUGAACUACCUCAUUAUCCUGGGUACGAUGCUGGCCUGUACCUCCGUCUUCCUCUGUGGGCUGGAUGGAUCCCUUGUGACUGACAAAGUGUUUGUUCUGCUUUGCCCCAUUCGCACAUAUAUUCUUUCUGUAGGAUACACCACAACCUUUGGGGCAUUGUUUGCGAAAACUUGGAGAGUCUGGACAAUUGUCAAAUAUAAGGAGAUAAUUGAAAAGAUCAUUAAGGAUGACCAACUAUGGAUAAUUGUCGGGGGAAUGCUGCUAAUCGAUCUGUGUCUGUUAACCUGCUGGCAGAUGGUGGAUCCACUCAGACGAACAGUGGAAGAGUUCAGCCAAGAGUCUUUCCUUUUUGUGGUGUUUCAGACUGCUCCUGGUGGUGAAGAUGUUAAUACAAGGCACUUCCUGGAGCACUGUGAAAGUACAAACCUGACUAAAUGGCUCGCCAUUGUAUAUGGCUACAAAGGGCUUCUAAUGUUUCUUGGAUGUUUCCUGGCCUUGAGAACAAGGCAUGCACAUAUCCAUCUCCUCGAUGACAGCAAGUACACAAGGCUGAGCAUGUACCACGUGACCGUCAUGUCUAUCAUUGGAGCAUCAGGGUGCUUCCUGACCCAGUAUAACCCUAAUGUGCAGCUCUUCAUCAUGGCUUUGGUGGUGAUCUCCUGCUGUACCUGCACUCUGUGUCUGGUGUUCCUGCCCAAGCUUGUAAAAAUCCGAGACAAUCCCAACCAAGUGGAUCCAACUAACUGGUUACAAUGUGAUCUUAACAAGGAGGAUUCGGAGACCUCCAGUUCCUCUAGCAGUCUCAAUCGGGGCAGAUCUCUUGAAAGCCUGCGGACUGAAAACCAGCAUCUCCGGAGGAGAAUCACAGAGAUUGGUGACCAGUUGGAGGAUGUCGCCAUGCAAGUACUAGAGGAAGAGCUGAGUCCCCCCAGUCCACAGGGCCAUGAAGUGAGACUGAGAGCCCAGGUGUGCUCUGAGGAUGUGCCCAGGAUGAACAGGGAACUCUUUGAUGACAUCAACUCACCUGAACACAUCCAACGAAGACGGUCCGUGCAGCUGCCAAUUCUUCACCACGCCUACAUGCCAGCCAUUGGGGGAAUGAGUGCCAGCUGUUCCAGCCUUCUGAGAAGUCCAGAUGUCCCCAGUGCCCAACAGAGACAUAUGCCACCAUCGCAUCGGGUCAUGGUCACCGGGCUGUGACUGUAUUUCCCUGACAAUACGCUGGAAAAGUUAGAAUAUUCAUUGAACUGCCUCUGGUUCCACUGGCAGCUGGAAGUCAGAUGACCUUCCUUUACUUGGACUGCCACAGCAUCAUUCACAUCUGAAGUCAUGUUCAUGUCCAGACAACUUCUACAUACAAUGUGGUGCUGACUAAAGUUGUGUGGUAAAUUACAAUAGCUGCUUUCUUUAUGGAUUUUUAGUAGAUUGAUUGCAGUGCAACUCAUAGAAGUGGUCUCCUGAUGGAAAAACAAAACAUGUUGGCCGUUCCCCCUGUUUCCCAACAUGGGAGUAUCCUGUAUUGCAGCAGGAUACUGGCAGUGACUGUAUUUGCACUCUUGGUAACUGCUCUGUGCUGUGGUAUUGCUCUCUGGUACUGCUCUCUGGUACUGCUCUGUCAUGUUGUCACUCUGGGAAUUUCCUGGUUUGCUAAAGCCCAGGAAUGAACUUUAAACUGUGUUCCAAGGCAGAAGUUAACCCUUUACAGCAGUCAAAUAAAUAAUUGAUUGUCUUUCCAAACAUUGCCUGUGUCCUGGAGAAAACAACAUCUUGGCAAAUUCAAGUUUAUGUUAUCAGUCUUUCAAAGAUGAUGAAUAAUCGGUUUGAGAGUAUAACCUUUAAAUGUGCAUAUUUGUAAAAAAAGAAAUAUCUAUAUAAAAAAAAGUGCUCCAACUAUUUUGCAAUCCACUGUUGUGUGCCAGACUACUUUCUAUUUGAAGAGAAUGUGCUGCAAUAACAAAUAAGGGAGGAGUGUCUCAACUUGGGGUUUAUAAAAAGGUACAUCUAGCUCACUGCAGAAAGUGUAUUAGGUAUCCACAACAACAUCCUUGGGAAAAGGAUCCUGCCAUGUUCUCCAUCAGAACCGCAUUCAUCCUGCCAGCUCUUCUGGCCCUUUUGCUUGUAAAUGUGGAAUCCUCUUUCAGUGGUGGUGGUGGAGGAUCCUACAAUUAUGACAUAUCUAAAAUGUCUGACCUGAAGAAGCUGUACAACUCCAAGGUGUAUGAAGCAGACAGAAUGAGGAGACCCCUUGAAGGCAUGUCCUUUCAGGUGGGGGUUCUCAGCCACUCGGGAGUCAAAGUGACAUUGGCUGAUGGCUCCCAGUGGCUUGUCCAUAAAGGGGAUGGAUUUGGCA